AUGUCUUCUAGCGGAGGUAAACUCGUGGUUGGCGGAGUUGCAAUCAUUGCUUCCUGGUGGUUCGGGGUUAAUUUCUGGAAACCCCUCAUACUAGAACAACUAGAUAAAGAUGGCAACUUAAAAGAUAAAUACAAGUCAGAAAUACCCAAAGAUGAAGUCACUUCAUGGUCGGAUUUGAAACAGAAAUGGGCUGCUGUUGUUGAUCCACAACUGAAUUUUUCUAAUCAAGAUAAAGCCAGUUUGGAGGAAUUAAAGGAACAUUUACAAGAAAAUAAACCUAGGGAUCAAUGA